UCGCUCUCCAAUCACCCUGCUAUUCCCCUCUCUAUGACCAAAAUACCCCCGCAUUGAUUCGAUAACAAAAUAAAAAUUAAUUAUUGAAACAUAAGAAAAUAAUAAUAUUUGUUGCUCCAAACAUACUAAAAAUAAUAAUAAUAAUAAAUCGGGGUUUAAAAGAAAGGGGGUUAUUUUGGUAAAUUGAUGGAGGGAGGAGUAACCGAAAUAAAAAAUCAAAUUACUGGUUGGAAAACGAAAAGAAAGCAGAUAGAGAGAGGAAAUGAAGAUUUCAAGUCCCCGUACAAAUGGAAUCGGUUUUUUUCUUCUUAACCGAAUCCACCCCUACCACUUUUCCUCAUUUUAUUUCUUCUCCUUCUCUCUCUUUCUCUCUCUGUCUCUCCCUCAUCGUCAUCUCCAACCACUAUUCCGCGAUUCAGAUCGCUCGCUCCGACGAAUCCAAACCACCACGCUCUCUUCAUCUCUGUCUUGAGAUCUGAGCUUUUCCAGGGAGGGUUGAAAGUCUUCCGUUGGUGGUUGGAUGUGAUUGGUAGGGGAAUUGGUUUUUUCAGCUUGCUUUUGAUUGAUGAGAUGAAAUGGGAAAAGAAAAAGGAAACACCAAUCUUAGUCUUGAUUAUGUUGAAUGAUAAAUUCAUGUCUGCAUUAUCUUGGAAGCAAACAGAAGGUGUACAGUCUGGUUGUGCUUUCUCCCUUCUUCGGAAGCAUUAAAGUUUAAGGAAUAUGUUUGGAGGCAAUAACAACAACCCUGUUUUUCCAGUUUUCCUUGAGGAAAAUCGUUACCAAUAUGAUACUAAUGCAAUGCCCCAGUUGCAGUUAUUUGGAGACUUCCCAGUUGGAUGUGGUGGUAAUCCCCUAAACUACAUGAGAAAUGACCAUGCAAAUGCUCUGCAUGGACCAAUCAAAAGAAGCAGGGAGGCAGAAUCUUUUUCUAGACAUCAAAAACUUCACAUAUCUUUGAAUAAUAAUAACCUUUGCCAUGAUGAAGCUGGUCAGUCUGGGAGCAUCCUGAAUCCAAACCCAGUAUCAACUGGGCUGAAACUUUCUUAUGAGGAAGAUGAGCACAACUCUUCUAUUACUUCCGCAAGUGAUAGCAUGACCGCCGCGCUCCCUGUUAUUUCAUCUCUUGGUGAUAAUCUGAAGUCAGAGAUUGAUCGGCAGAAAGAGGAAUUUGAUCACUAUAUCAGAGUUCAGGAAGAAAACAUCAUCAAGGGUGUAAGGGAACUGAAGCAGAGACAAACAGUUUCCUUCCUAAGUUCUAUAGAAAAAGGAGUAGGCAAGAAAUUACGUGAGAAAGAAUUCGAGAUAGAAAAUAUGAACCGCAAGAACAAAGAACUAGUGGAGAGAGUAAAGCAGGUGACCAUGGAAGUUCAGUCAUGGCACUACAGAGCAAAGUACAAUGAGUCUUUAGUCAAUGUGCUGAAGAGCAAUUUGAAGCAGGUUCUGGCACAAGGUGCCAUGCAAGGGAAGGAAGGCUGUGGGGACAGUGAGGUAGAUGAUGCAGCAUCUUACACAGACCAUAUCCAAUUGGGCGUUGUGGGCUGUUCUGGAAAUCCUACAUCCAUGAAGAAGCAGGUGAAUUGCAGAGCUUGCAAGGUUAGAGAAGUGAGUGUGUUAUUACUGCCUUGUAGACACUUGUGUCUGUGCAUGGAUUGUGAAGGAUUUAUUGACGUUUGCCCGGUUUGUCGGGUAAUGAAAACUGCAAGUGUUCAAGUGUUCAUGUCGUGACUAAACACUUGCAAGUUUCAUUACCGCUUUUCAAGUACAGGAUUUACCUUGAAUUAAAAAUAUCUUCUCUCAUGGUCACUGGAAUUGUGAAAUGGGCAUGAGGCUGUUAAUGAACUUGUUGAAAACUUGAAAUAGAGGAGGGGGGCUGGUGCCUUGUUUUUGUUGUGUAUGUAUCUUGAUGUUCAGAAUCAAUAGAAAGAUCUUUAAACUCAAACUAGCCAAACUUCUAUCUUUUAUUGUACAAAUUCUGGAAAGAUGAAUGAUGUCAUCUCAAAUUUGUAUCAUUUGCAUUUUCAAUGAAUCUGUUUAAAUCCUUGUA